AUGGACCGAAACAACAAGAAGCCCCAAUCUGGCCAGGCAGCCUUCUACCAGGCUUUGGUCAACCCCGGUGGCGACGGCGGUGGCGCUGGCAAGACUAAGCGCAAGCGUGCUGGCGAUGAGCUUGUCCUCCGUUUGCCAGAACGAGCAGUCGAGGGGCUCGAUGACAGGCAAGGCAAUCGCUUGAAGCGUGGUCCUGGCCAUGAAAGGGUGCGCCGAAGAAUCCAAGGAAGCGGCUGCGGCGGCGGCACCGGUGACGGCUCAGAGUCGGAGACAUCGUGGUGGCGCGUACAUGACUCCGAGUCCGACGAGGCAUGUGAAGGCCAGGACCAGGACCAGAGUGACCAGAGGCCCGGGGGUGAAGGCGAAGGGGCGGUUUCAGGGGCUGAUUAG